AUAAAAACCCUUUCGUCUUCAGUUUAGAUUUUUAGGGUUCAUCAUAUCACAAACCUUAACCUUUAUACUUCUCAAAUUGAAUCCUUAAACUCUUAAUCUUCAUCUAUCUCUACAUCUUCCAGUCUUUACUCAACCCUUCGAUAAUGGCUGGGUUAUAUAUCCGCUUCGAAUUUCUCCCAGUUCAUGUCAAACACCAGGCCCUUGCAUCUCAUUUCAAUUCACAGUUUUUCUGAACCGGAUUAGAUUUCAUCCACUCAUCGAAAAUGUCUUCCUCUGAUUUUUCUGUUGCUCAAGCGAGUCAUCUCAUUCCAUGCCCCCAUAUAUGAUAUAUGGGAUUCGCGAAACGUCAAGACAAACGAAUUUUGUGAUCCACGAUCGCAAGUUUGACCAUCUCUCUUGCAAACACAAACAUAGAACUCCCUGAUAUUUUUAAGGAAUUUCAAAAAAAAAUUCCUUACCAUAUAAUUAUGACACAACCAUAGUGUAAUAUUUGAUUUCGUUAACUUUCAGAUGUUGUUGGGCAAAUUUGGUCCGUCCAAGGGUGUGCCCUUAACAACGCUGCAGCAACAGCUCGAUUUGUGUACGGUGGUUGUUUACUUGUCCUUAUGGGACAAAGUUGCAGCAACGUUCAGGGGUCUUCUAAGCUCUGGCAAUAAAACCCAAUCUGUCAAUCCUAAAAUUAUUGAGGAACAUUCCUGCCAUCGAAGAGUUCACAAGCAGUUUGGGAGGUGCAGCAGCAGAGGUAUUCCAUGUAUUGAUACCAUGGAAGGGAUCAAAAAGAAAGAGCUUGUGUCAAUUGGAGAUUUAAACACGUUCAUCUCCAACUCUAGCGAUCAGCUGCAGAGAAACCAAAUGGAGAAAGAGAAGAAAACAAAAAACACUUUAGCAGCAACUAAAAAAAAACCUUCGCUUAAUCUAUGCCCUCCAAGCAACACAUGAACUUAAAUAGAAAGGAUGAAGAAACAUACAACUCGAGCUGCAAAGGCACUACAACGCUGUGGAGCCUGGUAUAUUGUACGGUCCACG